AUGUGUCAAUUUAUUAAACAUGGCGGAUAGUGGCGGAUUCAACCCUCGCAAGAGCCCCCAAACACGCAAAAACCUCGCUCCCGAUCAGCAGAAUGCAAUACGAUAGGAGGUCCCCUUAGAGCCUCCAGGGGACAAAAUGCGCCACUGCUGGCGAGGCAAAUCAGGAAAGCGCACUUUCAUGCUUAUUGUAUCAGCUUUCAUACGAACGAAUUUUAAAUGCAGCCUGGUAUAAAACUUAUCAGCAAACUUGCGUAAAAUGCGUUGUACCAGCACGAAGAUUGUGUGGAGGAAUACGGUUUGCAAAAAAGAGCCGUUAACGGUACAUUUAAAUUUAGUGUCAAUGUGCAGGGUUGAUUUUCAAGCAACCCGGACGGCUAAAUUUCGUUCAGCCCUCGCGAUGCGUUCGUUAAAUGCUUCGUUCAAAGUCACAUGUGUGUUUUGACAUUAGCUUCGUUCAAAUACAAACGUUGCAAAGUCAACAUCGUUGAAAGGUGGAAGGAAAAUAAACAUGCCGCCCAACUAUUAAUAAAAGUGAAUUUCAAAAGUUAGGAAAUGUGUUGAACUCGUACGUGUACGAUUGUUCUCCACACCGGAAACGCGUGUGUGUGUGCGGAUGUGUAUGUGUGUGGAUUGAUUGCAGAUCCUGAAUUACUGUCGAGCUUACAUAACAUUCGAUGUCUCGCUGCGUGCUGUGGUAUUCUUUGCGUUCGCCGCGCCGAGCAGCAGUCGGUGGAUUCGGAGCUUCGUUGCAGUAUUGCUUUCCUCAGUUUGCGGCACGAGUGUGUGCCUUUUCAUCCAAGGAUGCUGGGGAUGAUCCACCACCAUCAACCAACACACCGAACAGUGGAACUGCUGGAUCGUCUGCCAGCAGCAGUACGAAAAAGUUCGUCCGUAAUGCCACAAUAUUGGUGCAGCAGGGCUGUGACAUCCAGGAGUUACCGGUGGUCGUUCGAAAGAUUGCCGAGGAUGAGUUUGUAUCGUUCGUGUCGGAUAAAAUAAUCACGGCACCACCAGCAGCGGCGUCUCCUAGCAACACAGAAGCAGCCGGUGCGAAAGCGGCCGAGCUACAGACAACACUGGAAUCGGAAAUGGAAACGAUUAAAAGUAUCGAAAGUUGUCACUCUACCAAAGGCGUUUUGUCGGUACUGCAGGAACGGACGGCCGAUGGCACCGGCGCCGGAUACGGUCCCAGCGUGGCCAUUCACGCCAUCGAGAAGAUACUGAAGGUGGAGAGUUUGCUAGAGCUGAAGGAGCUAGAGGAAAGCGAACCGUUCGAGCGGAUCGUCAACUGUAUCGUGUUCAACGCGGACUCUAAAUCGCUUCUAGAUCUUUUAGAUGAAUUGCGCAGCUAUCUGGAGCUACCGAAAACGAUCGACAUGCUGGGCAAUGAGCUGGUGUACCGUUGCUCGGAAAACGUGCUUUCCAUCGAGGAAUGUUGCGAUGCGAUCGAAGUAUUAACGCAAUGCCGUCGGCCAGAGAUGGUGGAAAAGUUUUGGAGCGGAAUCGCCGACCAGGAGAAGGCCAUCACCGAGCGCAACGUGCAUUUCGUGUUUUCUGUCCUACCCUAUCUCAAAGUCAGUCGGCGCGCGGUGCUGACGGUGCUGGAACGACGCAUUCCACAGCUCUGGUGGCAGAUGUCCCCAAACGCCACGAUCGAGGUGCUGCAAGCGCUUGUCGCCUGCAAGAUGUCCCCGUUCCGGGUCACACAGACGUUGGCCCGCUGGCUGAACACAAACAUUCAUGCGGUGGCCGAGGAUGAGCUGGGAGCGAUACUGGAAGCGUUCACCAACCUAGCCUACUCGGAUGCACAGAUCGAGCGUGCCGUAGAGCGGUACGUGAAGGCGAAAGGCGUGAAGGUGAGCUCACAAAACCUUAUCGUCACGAUACUGCGGCACUGUGAAGAAUUUCGCCUCCGCAAUGCACACAUCCUCAACGGCUGCAGCGAAUUCUUCAUCGCGAACUUUAGCCAGCUUGACCCAGCCUACCUGAAGGCACUGUUCUGCCCGUUCGCCUACCUGGACUUUGUGCCGACGAAUGCGACCAAGUUCUUCGACACGGUGAACAUGUUUCUGGAUUUGCAUUUCGCGAAAAUCCGUCCCACGGACACGAUUGACAUCAUGUUCGCGUACAUUUGUCUCGAGCGCUUUCCGCUCAACUUUGUGAACAGGAUUUUCAACCCAUACUUUCUCGACGUACUGCAUGCGAAGACACGCCCCGACCGGUUGGAUAUAGUGCGCGGCAAGCUGAAGGUGUUUGACACCGGGCUUACGCUCGAGUGUGCGGAGUACGAUGGACCGCUACUACCGCGCGAUCAUUCGGCAAAGGCCGUUUUUCACGAUGGGCGCAUAAAGCGCAUCAUCAACUACAUCACCACCGAGCUGGAGGAACUGGCCGGUGGUCCGGGGUGUAUGACAAAGUUUUCCAUCCUGCAACAUCUGCCCGUCAAUUCGCUCUAUCUGGUGGAUGUCAUUUUUCACCCGGCCGGUCUAGGGAACAUAUUCACGAUGGACACAACGAAGGAGCGCAACAUCAAUGUGGCCGUCUUGGUGCACCUACCGGAGUACUUCGAUAGUGCUGGAAAGUAUUUGAUUGGACCGCAGGUCAUGCGAAUAAGACAUCUGCGACGCCUCGGACUGAAGGUGGCAACGCUCCGCUUCGACGUACUGUACAAACUGAAGAUUCAUCCGCAGGAGCUGCGAGAGUAUUUGGUCGAGCGAAUGAAAGCGGCCCUAGACGCGUUGCCACCGCCCGGAACGGCUGCCGCAUCUGUCAAAGGAUCUCCGCCAUGAGCACAAAAGGGCCGGGAAGUGAAGAACCCUUGCAAUUGUGAUAUACAAUUUUGUAAAAAUAGUUACGUCGGUUAUGUUAACUUAGCUGUUCCGCUUCCUUAGUUAGUGUGUACUCCACCGUGUUCUAUACAGCAUUUUUAGCCGGUUAGUCUAAUGUUGUAGGACUUAGUUAAGCAGAAUAAAGCAAGGAUUUUGUGUGUGUAGGGGA